UUCUCUAUGCAUGAUCUGUGAUUUCUUGUAUCCCUACACGGCGUCUUAAAAACAAGGUGCUCAUGUGUCCAUCAAGAAGUUCACAUAGCGCAUGUUUAUGUAGAAUCUACAUUAGUGUCAUGUGACUGGAGGAGGAGCAUCUUUCACUAAUACAGAGGAAAUACAGACAGGAAAUGGCAACAUCUUAGAGACAAAGCUUCCCACUGUCCAGCCUGAUCAGCUCGUAUUGUAAUAUAUGAGUCCUGCAGGUUACAUUGAAGCAAGAAUGCUUUGUAUUUACUCUCUGAUUUCUCUGCUUAUGGUUCCUGAGCUCAGAGUGGAGAUUCCUGCAGAGAUCAUUGAGGGAGAAUCACCUGUUUUAUUUUGUAAGACCACCUGUGACCUCUCAGGUAAAACAAACUUCACCUGGUAUAAAAAUGGCAAGCGUUUAUCAGAAAGGAUCGUCUCGGAACAGCUGUUGCUGCCGUCGGUCAGCAGUGAUGAUACGGGAAACUACAGCUGUGCAGUGAGAGAUCAGAAACAUCUGUCGUCUCCUGCCGUCACUCUCAGCGUCAGAUGUACAUCAAGACUUGAUCUUCAUAUUAGCUAAAUUCAGUCCAAACUGAUCAAAUGAAGGACUGUGAGGAGUAAUUUUUAUAUUUUUCAGAUCCUCCAAAGAGCGUCUCAGUGUCCAUCAGUCCAUCUGGUGUAAUAGUGGAGGGAGAUUCAGUGA